CUCAAAACCCAAACAAAACGAAGCAGAUAUAUGUCGCCAACAAACACAACGCGGCAAAAUGGGGAGUGAAAAUAUAAGAGCCGACGCUAACGACUCGCGCUGUGUAUUUUUUAACACCCACUCAGAGGACCACCGAUGCCUGCCGUCGACUCCCCCGAGACACUGCGCGUGGACGUACACUUCCGACUAUCAGGAGGGGGAUUCGACAUGGCGGUUGCUGGUUGUUCCAUCUCCAUCGUUGAGGUCCCUGGUGGUUCCCGUGGCCCCGUCCGUGCUGGGCGGCCGACUUGGGUGGUGAUAUUAACAGUAAAAAGAGCCACGGGAACAUUCUCCUUGGCCGGAUGUGUCUUCAUGCUCUUCGUCAUCUGGCUUCUUCGCCGCUAUCACUCCUUGGCGCAGAAGAUGAUUCUCAGCUUGACUGUGGCGGCCUUCUUUGACAGCUUAGCAUAUGUCAUGGGUGAGUCCCACCCUGAGGGUUCUCUCUGUGACUUUCAGGCCUGGUGGCUCACAUACUUUGAUUGGAGUGCCUUGGCCUGGGUUUGCCUCAUUACGCUUAACCUGUACUUUAACCUGGUCCGGGAGAUGAGCACGAGCAAAUAUGAAAUCAUCUACCAUCUGAUGGCGUGGGGGGUGCCCUUGGUCAUGGCCUCCCUACCUCUGCUCAAAGGUUCCUACGGCCCUGCAGGAGCCUGGUGCUGGAUCACAGACGAUCACGUAGCCUGGAGAUUUGGGAUAUGGUACGUGCCUCUGUUCACUCUCAUCCUGCUGAUGAUCUGCUGCUACGCCAGGAUCAUCUGCGUGGCCAAUAACCGGAUGCAGUCGUGGCUGGGAACGUUCAACCCGGAGCGAGAGCGACGAAAGGUGUCCCUGGCCGAGGAGAUCAAGCCUCUGAAGUGGUAUCCGUCUGUUUACCUGUUGGUGUCUAUCUUCCCGCUCAUCAACAGGCUCCAUAAUGCCCUCUACCCGCAGGAUCCAUCCUUCUCCCUCACCCUGUUGCACGUCCUGUCCGCUCCUCUUCACGGCUUGGCCAAUGCCUUCGUAUUUGGCCUGGAUCGGGACUGGUGGAGCCUCCUGAGCCCUACUGGCAUGCAGCUGGCCUUGCAGUCGCGGCUGUGCGACAGGACCCGCAUUGGGGAGUACCACGCGGGCACCGUGCGCUACACCCAAGCUGACCUGGUCGAGCUGAGCGACGACGAGGACAACGCCAACACGCUCUUCUACGCGCCGCACAUGACCCUGAAAGACCGAGGGCCCUGAGGGGGAGACAAAGGACGGCGAAGGCUGACAUAGAGAAAUGCGGCGGAUUUGAAAGCAGGGUGGUGAGCGAAUGGAAGGGAAGAUUGGGGGGAAAGUCAGGCAGAUAGAACCCGGAGAUGAGCUGUCAGGUUCCAUUAUUAAUCCCCAUCCUUUACUAUUUAAUAUCCUAAAGACGCGCACACGCACAUACUGAGCAGGGCUGCAAUACUACACGCGCGGCGCUAAAGAUCCUCCUCGUGUUUAAAAAGGCUUCCGCAGCAUCCCGAAGGUCUUAAAACAUUCCUCAUCACUGCACCCUCGACUCCUUCAAUCUGCACUUUUGGCAGACCACCAAGAUGGAGGAGGAGGGAGAGAGGGGAAAAAAAGAAAAGAACCGCUGAAAGGCAAUCAUAACAAGGUGCUAGUUUAGCAUUCAGAGCAAUUACCUUUUCACCUCUCUGCAGGAGACGAGGAGAAAAGCGGGCCUUUUUUUUUUUUUGACGACUCUUCUUCUCAUUUAAUUUCAUGAAGGAAGACGUUAGCAGUGGACUGUAUUUUUUUCUGCCUUUUGCAGUAUUGUCGCUGUCUGACUAAAAAACACAUGUCCACGUUUUUGUGUCUCUUAUAACCAGAUGUACACGAUUAACUCAAAGAAAAUUAACCAUAAAUUACUAAGAAUUAUUCUGAACUCCCGUGUCCAUGCCAUCAUGUCGAUGUAGCGUCAUUUCCCAUAGCUCACAUCAUCUUCUUCCUCAUCAACAGCGCCUCUACUGGUUUCUAGCAAGUAGUGCACUCCAUUGUGCUUCAAAGCAUGAUUAUUCAAGUAAGUAACUCCACACAUCUUUAACUAUCCCAUUGUGUUGAUCAGCAGAUUAGCUCUUCGGUAAUGAAUUCCCACAAAGAAAGCCAAUAGUGCUUUUUAUUUUCAUGUUCUUUCAGUUUUCUAACAAACAUAGCGAAGAUAAACGACAUGUUAGCAAAGCAUCGCGUUGACAUUUCACAAAACAAUCCCCGUGAUCAAAGGCUGAUGCCCAAUUUAGCCAUUCAGUUUGACUUGAGUGCGUCAAUCCGACUCAAGUUGGCGAAAUUUGACCUUUAUUGAUGAUUGGCAAAAGAAUACAUGACGUUCAGCCAUUAGCCAAUGUUGGUGUGUUCACACUUUUCAUUUGUAAUUUGGAGACAUUAUUAAAAAGAGUGACAUGUCACAAAAUGGACAUUAAAAGUUUUUUAAUUGGACAGCGACGACAGGUUUACUUUUACACAGAUUUUGUGAAAACUGUGUAUCUCCAUAUCUUUGAUUUGGAUAACGAUCAAAUGUUGCAUAUAUUUGAUGGGUCAAAAAGAGUUUUGGAAAUGUUUGCCUAACAGAAUUCCGUAGGAUGUCUUGUGAAAAACCAUGUAUCUCCAAAAAUAAGAGUUGCUAUGUUCAAAGUCAUUUGUGCACUGUACAUGAAUCACGGUCAAAUUAGCGUGAGUACAGCAUUCGGGAUCUCAACACAGGAGCUAAAAUUUGGAUAUUCUCAUGUUUUUUUAUAUAUUGUGCGGCGACAACAUAGCAGUAUUAUUUUUGCCUUUUAUACAUAAUGUCCUUUGAAAACCAUGUAUCUCCAAACUUUGUUGCGGUUUUGGUUGUUGGAACAACCAAGAUAGCUGAUCGUUUGCCCCGUCCGACAAAUUUUGUGCGCAAAACACAGGUCACAGUUUUAUUGUGAUCACAAUCAAAUUUUGGAUGUUUGUAACAUUACUAGAGAUCUCAACGCCAAAUAUGGUCUCUCUUGUUCAGUUUUUAGAAAGUUGCAACAUUCAAAAUAGCUUUUUGAUACACAGCAUUAUAAACAAUUGCUAAUCAUGUAAACCCAUUAAUUUCUUAGUUUGUUUGUAUUCAAAAAGUAGACAACGACAUGAGUAUGUUUAGAGAUAAAUGUCUUUUUCCUAUUUUGCAGCAUCGAUACAAUUAUUGUUUACUCGUACACGUAAUGUCGAACAGUCUGGAAACAAAAACUUCCAUCCAUCCAUCCAUCCAUAUUCUACCGCUUAUUCCCUUUGUGGUCGCGGGGGGCGCUGGUGCCUAUCUCAGCUACAAUCGGGUGGAAGGCAGUGUACACCCUGGACAUGUCGCCACCUCAUCGCAGGAAACAAAAACUUGUAAUUCCAAAGUUUGGGGUUGAGGGUUUGGAAAAAAAACUAAAAAAGUACUGUAGAUUAUUUAACAUCCAUUUACCAUUGAAACGGCAUCUUCCUUUUUUUUUUUUUAUUUUAAAGGGGAAUAUUAGCACAAUUUUAGAAGGGUUAAAACCAAUAAAAAUCAGUUCCCAGUGGCUUAUUUUAUUUUUCGAAAUUUUUUUCGAAAUGUUACCCACCCUGGAAUAUCCCUAAAAAAAGCUUUAAAGUGCUUGAUUUUCCCUAUUAAGCCACUGUCCAUUUCCCUGUGACGUCACAUAGCGAUUCCAAUACGAACAAUGGCGAAUACCACAGGAAGAUAUAGCGACAUUAGCUUGGAUUCAGACUCUGAUUUCAGCGGCUUAAGCGAUUCAACAGAUUACGCAUGUAUUGAAACAGAUGGUUGGAGGCAGAUAGUGAAAAUGAAAUUGAAGAAGAAACGACGCUAUUCGGCCAUCUUUGCGUUAGCAUCGCCGGUAAAAUGUGCAGACCGACCGAUCAGGACUUUGGCAUUGACAAUGGAUCAACCUAAAUCCGUCGAUUGUUUCGCAUUAAAUGUGGGUGGAAGGAAACGCUGGAUGUAAAUAUAGUUUCAAAUGUACAUACAGGUAGUCUAAAUAGCAUGUUAGCAUCGGUUAGCUGGCAGUCAUGUCGCGACCAAAUAAGUCUAUAACAACACUCACCUUUGUGAUUUCGUUGAUUUUAUCAUUGGGAAUGCAUCUACUUUGAGUGUCGCAGGAUAUCCAGACAUUUUUGCCAUCUCUGUGCCAUCUCUGUCGUAGCAUCGCCGGUAAAAACCAAACGGGGGACUUUUGCAUCUCUUGACACUGGAGCAACUUAAAUCCGUCGAUUGCUAAGUGUUUGUUCGGCAUUAAAUGUGGAUGGAGGAAAAGGCUAAAUGUAAAUAUAGCUACAAAUGAGGCAUAAUGCUGCAAUAUGUACACACAGCUAGCCUAAAUAGCAUGUUAGCAUCGAUUAGCAUGCCGUGCUAAUCGAUGCACAUUCUACGUAAAUCAACUUGAAUCCGUCCCUGAUCGUUGUUGUUACACCCUCCGACAACACACCGACGAGGCAUGAUGUCUCCAAGGUAUCGGAAAACAGUCGAAAAAACGGAAAAUAACAGAGCUGAUUCGACUCGAUGCGUCUGAUGUGUAGGGAAAAAUGGCGUUGAGUACCGAUGUGAUGUCACGUUCUGACGUCGUCGCUCAGAGAAGCAUAAACAGAAAGGCGUUUAAUUCGCCAAAAUUCACCCAUUUAGAGUUCGGAAAUCGAUUAAAAAAAUAUAUGGUCUUUUUUCUGCAACAUCAAGGUAUAUAUUGACGCUUACAUAGGUCUGGUGAUAAUGUUCCCCUUUAAAGAGUAAUUUUUAGUUUCUUUUCAGAUUUGACAUUUUUUAAAUUAAUUUUAAUAUUAUACAGCAAAGAUAUAAUAGUACUUUUGUUUGCUUUUACAUGAGUUUGGAGGAUGUCUUGUGAAAAAAAACAGGUAUUCUGAAAAAGUUGGCCAUUUGCCCUUGCAGCAUCGAUACGAUUAUUGUUUACUCGUGCACGUAAGGUCGAACAGUCUGAAAACAAAAACUUGUAAUUCCAAAUUUUGGGUGUGAGGGUUUGGAAAAAAACUAAAAAAGUACUGUAGAUUCUUUAACAUCCAUUUACCAUCGAAACGGCAUCUUUCUUUAUUUUUUCGAUUUUAAAGAGUAAUUUUUAGUUUCUUUUCAGAUUUGACUUUUUUUUUUUAAUUUAUUUUCAUAUUAUACAGCAAAUAUAUAAUAGUACUUUUGUUUGCUUUUACAGGAAUUUAGAGGAUGGCUUGUGAAAAAAACAGGUAUUUUGAAAUAGUUGGCCAUUUGCCCUGUCCGACAUUUUCUUGUGCGCAGAACACAGGUCACAGUUUUAUUGUGAUCACACUCAAAUUUUGCACGUUUGUAACAUUACUUGAGAUCUCAACGUCGGCCAAAUAUGGUCUCUCUUGCUUCAAUUUUUAGGAAGUUGCAACAUUCAAAAUAGCUUUUUUAUAUACAGCUUUAUACACAAUUGCUAAUCAUGUAAAACCAUUAAUUUAUUUGUUUGUAUUUAAAAAGUAGACAACGACAUAAGUAUGUUUAGAGAUAAAUGUCUUUUUCCUAUUUUGCAGCAUCGAUAUGAUUAUUGUUUACUCGUACACGUAAUGUCGAACUGUCUAGAGACAAUUUGCCCAUUUGCCCUGUCCGACAUUUUCUUGUGCGCAGAACACAGGUUACAGUUUUAUUGUGAUCACACUCAAAUUUUGCAUGUUUGUAACAUUACUUCAGAUCUCAACGUCGGCCAAAUAUUGUUUCUCUUGCUUCAAUUUUUAGGAAGUUGCAACAUUCAAAAUAGCUUUUUUAUAUACAGCAUUAUAAACAGUUACUAAUCAUGUAAAACUGUUAAUUUCUUAGUUUGUUUGUAUUCAAAAAGUAGACGAACACAGUUUAGAGAUAAAUUUAUUUUUCCUGUUGUACUGCAUUGAUACAAUUAUUGUUUACUCGUAUGUAUAAUGUCAAACAGUCUGGAAACAAAAAACUUGUAAUUCCAAAUUAUGGGGGUGAGGAUUUGGAAAAAAGUACUUUGGAAAAAAACUAUUUAUUUCUUCUUUAUAUUUAUCAUCCAUUUACAAUGGAAACUUGCGGGGUUUUUUUUGAUUUUGAUGAGUAAUUUUUAGUUUCUUUUCAGAUCUGACAUUUUUUGGACACAGGUCACAGUGUUAUUAUGAUCACACACAAACUUUGGAUUUUUGUAGCAUUACUUGACAUCUCAACGUCGGCCAAACAUGGCCUGGAUUGCUUUUUUAUUGCUGGUUAUGACAUUCAAAAGAAGGUUCAUGUACACUAUUAUUAACAAUUGCAGAUCAUCUAAGACCUUCUUUUUCCUAGAUUUUGCAUUCAAAAAGUAGACUACUUUACAUUAGUAAGUGCAAAGACAAAUAUAUAUUUCUAUUGUAUAGUAUUAGUGUUAACUUUUACACAUAAUGUCGUACAUUAUGUGUAAAACAUUGUAUCCGAAUUUUAGGGCCAAAGAGUUUUAAAAAAAUAAAAACAAACACUGAGGGUUCAUUGUCUUCUAUCCGCCCGACCUGACUUCUUUUUAAUGUAGAACACAUGUAAAAUUUUAUCUGUAUCACGUAAAAAAUUUUGCAUAUUUGGCCUGUCUGACUUUUUUUUUUUUUUUUUUUGCGGUACACAGGUCACACUUUUGUUCGGGUCUCGGACAAAUUUUGCGUGGUUGUACAAUUACUUCAGAUCUCGAAACGGGGUAAAAUUUGGGACUUGGUCUUUAAUAUGGUACAAUUUUUUGAACGUCAUAAACACAAAAAAUUCUGAGACACGUGCUGUUUUUAUUGAGCACAAGGACAACGGGUGUUUUGAACGCUUAUUUUGUUUUCAUUUUAUAUAAAAAUUGUUCAAGGUAUUUCAAAAUAACUUUUGUAUUCAGUAUUUUAAACACUUGGUGAUCAUUUACGACAAUUUCUUAGUUUCUUUCCAUUCAAAAAAUAGACGUUUGCGCAUGAGUACUGUAUUUUUCGGAGUAUAAGUCGCAACUGCCGAAAAUGCAAAAUAAAGGAGGGAAAAAAACAUGUAUAAGUCGCAUUUUUGGGGGAAAUGUAUUUGAUAAAACCCAACACCACAGAAUAGACAUUUGAAAGGCAAUUUAAAAUAAAGAAUAGUGAACAACAGGCUGAAUAAGUGUACGUUAUAAGACGCAUAAAUAACCAACUGAGAAGGUGCCUGGUAUGUUAACGUUUAAUUUUAUGGUAAGAGUCAUUCAAAUAACUAUAACAUAUAGAACAUGCUAUAGUAUAGUUUACCAAACAAUCUGUCACUCCUAAUUGCUAAAUCUGAUGAAAUCUUAUACGUCUAGUCUCUUACAUGAAUGAGCUAAAUAAUAUUUUUGAUAUUUUACAGUAAUGUGUUAAUAAUUUCACACUCAAGUCGCUCAUGAGUAUAAGUCGCACUCCUGGCCAAACUAAGAAAAAAACUGCGACUUAUAGUCCGAAAAAUACGGUAAGUUUGGAGAUACAUUUAUUUUUCCUAUUGUACAGCAUAACUACAGCAAUUUACAUUACAGUUUACUUCCACACAUAAUGUCGUAUGGUCUCGUAAAAAAACGUCCGUCUCCAAAUUUUGCGGGAGAAGACUUUGAAUUCCUCAUCUGCAUCAUAGAUUCCCCUGGUCAUUCCUUUUUUUUGUACUAAGAACACAGCUCACGUUUUUUAUUUGAACCGCAUUCAAAAUGUGCAUGGCGGUGGUCCAUUUGCCGUGUCCGACAUCUCUUUGUGCGCAGAACACAAGUAACCGUUUUCAGUCCGUUCACGAUCAAAUUGUAACGGAACUUGAGCUCUCCAAAUAUUGUGACUAUGUCUUUCAUCUUGAUGAAGUUACAGCAAUUUCUUAUUGUCAUAAGCACUCAAAAUUCGCAAACACGUGUUUAUUCUCUUGUUGUUGUUUUUGAAAGGUUAUUUUGUUUUCUUGCUGUAUAAAAAGUACUUGUAGUUUUUGAUAUACUGUAUUUAUAACAACAUUGUACAUUGAAAUGUACAUUUUUUAUAUGGUCCCACCCUGCUGCUCAGCCAUAUGAACAACAAAAAUAUUUUUCACACACUCUUUUCCCUUUCCCGAAGGUCCAAACAGGUAAAUGAUGGCCUAACGCUGCUUAGCAACAGUCUCCGACAGUUCAUCAUCUCAUGGUUGGUGUCAGUGGUGCCACGAGGUGUGAUUGGCAGCAUAAUGCCAUCCAUUUAAAUUUAGCCUGGCCCCGUUUCUUCGCCCUCCUCUUCUUGUUUACAAUUUUUUCAGCGGCUUGUGCGAAGUGACCGCUGUCAGUGGCCUCGCUUGACGAGUUGAACUAAUGACCCGACACUUGACCCCCUUUUCACCCCCCUUGCUGUUGAACUUUCCCUCUGGGUGUCAGUGACACCACGGUGCGACUCCGAGUUAGCACUUUAACGGAGCUUUGCCACCAUCUUACACAAACACACACCCGCACACACAGACUCGCAUCCCUUCCCUUAUUUUUGGCAGCGUCGCUGGUCUGACUUGACUUGCACUCCAUCAAAUAAAUGAGCAGCAAAGACGUCUCAUAACAAA